AUGGCUCCGUACCUGACUAGGCUUGACCAAUUGUCAAAUCUCAUCGAUCAUAUUGCCGAAGAAGCAACCAAGAUUACAAUACGCACGUUCGCUCCCGCGCCAGGUGUGGAAGAGGCCUAUCUUCCGUGUAUCGACGAAUUUGUCUUGUAUAUCACUAUACGGUCUUACACCACCGUCCCGGAACUUCUCAUGUGUCUCGUGUAUCUCUCACGGUUCCACAGAUGCAUGCCUCUCGCUGGUGUCACAGAAAGACCGUUUACCACUCAUCGGGUCUUCCUAGCUGCCAUGAUGCUGGCGCAUAAAGUCCACAACGAUGAUAGCGUAAACAACACUUGUUGGGCGGAGUGUAGUGCGAUUCCUGAAUGCGGUUUCCCUGGCUUCUCGAAUGUGGAGCUGAAUUUGAUCGAGAUGCACUUUUUAGCUUGUCUUGAUUGGGAUGUACACAUCAGCGCCAGCCUC